CGUGAGAACGGAGCCGUAGAAUAUUUACGAAAGUCAGGUUGACAUCUCGAGAUAUUCAUGUAUUUACAGCUUCAAGUUAACCGAAGCAACUCGUUUUUCACUUCACUUCUAUAAAAGUCAAUCAUCACUCACCUAAAUUAAUUAUUUAUUUCAUGAUCAUAAAGAUUCAAUCCCUGCAAAUAUAAAUAAAUAUAAUAAACAGAAGAUGUUCGGUCCAGGAUCAGCGCCGAUCGUGGUUCUAAGUCAGAACACAAAACGUGAUUCCGGUAGGAAAGUGCAGAAGGAAAACAUUCAAGCUGGCAAAGCAAUUGCUGAUGUCAUUCGGACAUGUCUUGGUCCCCAAGCAAUGCUGAAAAUGCUGAUGGAUCCAACAGGAGGGAUUGUAAUGACCAAUGAUGGGAACGCCAUUCUCCGUGAAAUCACUGUGCAACACCCAGCUGGAAAAUCAAUGAUAGAAAUUGCUCGUACUCAGGAUGAAGAAGUUGGAGAUGGUACCACCUCAGUAAUAGUCUUGGCUGGUGAGAUUCUGGCUACGGCUGAACCAUUCCUAGAACAGGGAACUCACCCGACUGUCAUCAUCAGGGCAUACAGACAAGCUCUCGAGGACAUGAUAAAGAUUCUGGAGGAGCAAGUCAGCACUAGUCUGGACAUCAAUGACAGGAAUAAAGUUAUUGAGGUAGUGAAAUCCUGCGUUGGAACGAAAUUCAUUGGUCGCUGGUCAGAGUUGGCUUGUCAAAUUGCUAUUGAUGCUGUCAAUACGGUUUUGCUUGAGGAGAAUGGACGACGUGAAAUCGACAUCAAGAGGUACGCAAAGGUCGAGAAGAUUCCGGGUGGCAGCAUCGACGAAAGUCACGUGCUCCGUGGAGUUAUGCUUAAUAAAGACGUAACGCACCCGAAGAUGAAGAGAAGCAUCAAGAACCCCAGGAUUGUCCUCCUGGACUGUCCCCUGGAGUACAAGAAAGGCGAGUCCCAGACGAACGUCGAGAUCAUGAAAGACACUGACUUCACGAGAAUUCUGGAGCUUGAGGAGGAGUUUAUCAAGAAGAUCUGCGAGGAGGUGAUAGCAGUCAAGCCCGAUGUCAUCUUCACUGAGAAGGGAGUCGCUGAUUUAGCCUCUCACUACUUCCUCAAGGCGGGUAUCUCAGUAAUUCGUCGUGUUCGUAAGUCUGAUAACAAUAGGAUUGGAAGAGCGUGUGGAGCAACUGUGGUCAAUCGGACUGAGGAGCUGAGGGAGGAAGAUGUUGGUACUGGUGCUGGAUUGUUCGAGAUCAAGAAGAUGGGUGAUGAGUACUUCUGUUUUAUUACUGAGUGCAAGGAUCCCAAAGCUUGCACUAUUGUACUCCGAGGUGCCAGCAAGGAUGUGCUCAAUGAAACUGAGAGGAAUCUUCAGGAUGCUCUCCAUGUGGCUAAGAAUCUGCUGAUUGAACCCAAAUUGGUUCCAGGUGGUGGAGCUGUUGAAAUGGCAGUAUCUCGUCUGCUGAACGAAAAAGCAGCUGGUAUCGCUGGUAUCGAGCAAUGGCCCUACAAAGCGGUGGCCCAAGCCCUGGACAUCAUCCCCCGUACUCUCGCUCAAAAUUGUGGAGCAAACAUCAUCCGUACAUUAACAGCACUGCGUGCGAAACACGCAACCGAGGGCAAAACCUGGGGAAUCGAUGGUGAAACCGGUGAACUAGUAGACAUGAAAGUUCGCGGUAUCUGGGAGCCAUUGAGCGUUAAAAUGCAGACAUACAAAACAGCUAUUGAGACAGCUAUUCUCCUCCUGAGAAUCGAUGACAUCGUGUCAGGCAUCAAGAAGAAGGGAAACGACAAUCAGCCCAGUGCUAUGCCUACAGAGCAAUCGAUGAUGGAGUAAUAAACGCCGAAGAAAACAGUGAAAAUCGCUUAAUUUUUCAUGAUCGCCUUGAAUUUACUCUAACGAACCACUCCAUUUUCCCAUUUGUUCUUCUUUCGCACUUUUUUUUAUCAAUAAAAACAUGCAUUUGUAAAA